AUGGCUUCUUCGACAGCACUUCUACCAGCAGCACGGAAAGGUUCUAGUCCAGAAAAUCCCUCGCACCACGCCCUCAAGGGUCUCGCCUCCCUUCCUCCGGAAAUCCACCACAUGGUUGCAGAACACCUUCCGUACCCCGACUUGCUGUCGCUGAAACUCACAAACACCUACUUCGCAGCCCUGGUCGGCUCGAAACUCACGGUGAAGAUGCGCAUCAGCUGGGUGAAGAGCAGAUAUGCCCAGCAUCUCCCCGUGCCCAAGAGCACCAAGCUAUCCUUUAAAUCGGACGCCCUGUUCGUCGCCAAUCCCGAGGUUAAAACAAUCCUGAGGCGGCGGAGGCAUCACCUGGAAUGCGCGGACCAUGAGCGCGGAGGUGCCUUUGUGUUCUCCAUGUUCGCCGACGUCGACCACCAAGGCCGUGGGGAUACCCAACAGCCGUGGAGUAAAGUCUGCCUUGUCACGGGGAACCCAGUGUGUCCUAAAAUCCAGGAACUGGAGGCCAAGAGGCAGCAGUACAAGAAUAGCGUCGUGGGGAAAGUGGCGGUUCCCGUGGUACGAGCGAUCGCUUGGCUGAGGGGAGUAUGGCGUCUUCUCAGUGAUUCUUGGCCGCAGAUCAUGGCUGGAAGGCUGCGCGCCUCAGGGUUUCACAGGCCAUAUUUCGCCACCCUGUUAGAGGCGGUCCUCGUGGUUGUCUUGAUCUGGACCAUUUGCUGUUGGAGCGACAUCUGGGCGUCCCUUUGCAUAUUCGCGCAACCAUAUUGGCGCGCCAUGAUGGGAGGGCCGGGCGUUUGGGAUGGAUAG